AUGCCUGUGUUCAUGUCGUACCUGGCCGCCUCAGCCGGCGGCUGCGGCUGCCCGGACGGCCACCUGGUGCUGGACGGCUCUUGCAUCGGCGCCGCGGAGCUUAACCAGGUGCCCUCGGAGCCGAGUAUGUACACGGUGGAAUACGGUGACGGUACGGCCAUCGACUCGGCUUUCUUCCGCCGGCACACGCGCGCCGCCGCCUUCCUCUGCCGGUUCCGCCACAACAUCUCGGCCUGCCACCUGCUGGCGAACCUGUGCACCAUGGGCUUGUACUCGCACCGGGAGGUGGCGUCGGCGUGCGGCCAGUUCCGCCUGCUGAGUCCGUCCCACCUGCGGACGCCGCCACACGUGCCCUGGCUCUACUACGCCGAAGACGAGGCGCAGACCGUACUGGGCCGCACGCGCAUUACACAGGAGUACACGGUCCGGCCGGCGCUGACGAGCUCAUACCUGAACCUGACGGUAGCCCGGUUCAGCGCAGCCGGUCGCCUGCUUGGCCGGUCACCGCUAGAUGGCACCACCUCCACCAUCUGUCCCCAGCUGUUCUCUUCGCCGGCCGCUGCGCUCCGGUUCGGGUCGCGGUUCGACCAGACGUGCACGGUGAGCGGGCGCGAGCUGCUGGCUGCUCAGGAGACGGAGUUCUACGAGCUGUACCUGCACUACCAGACGGAGCAGGGGCCCCGGCUGUACGCGGUGCCCGUGCGCGUCAAGAACUACCGGCGGGAGGGCCGCGAGGUCAACAAGCUGGACGACCGGCAGCAGUGGCAGCUGGUGCACCGCUUCUUCCUGCUGGACGUCACAUCCGGGGUGGCCGCCGUCUCGGAGGGUGACGCCGACCAGGCCGGACCGGAGCUGGUCCAGUACGUCCAGGACGCCGUGCUCAGUGUGCAGAUGCAGGACGACAAGGAACGGCCGGGUCGCAUCUUUCCGCCACUGCUGACGCUGACGUACGGCCUGCUGAAGCGAGACCAGCAGGACCGCGCGGUGCGACUCCGGGUGCGCGUCCAGUACAGCACCAACAUGGCCAACUCCCGCGAGCAAGUGGAGGUGGCGGUGGGUGUGAUGAGUGCGUUCGCCGCAGUCUGGGCCAUCUUCCGCACCUGGGCCUGGAGCAGCCGCAACGGCAAGGCUGAGGUCGACUCCAUGACGCUGGUGCACCUGGUGGUGUGCUCGUGUGGCAGCCUGGCCAAUGUCUUCCUCUUGGUCAUGUUCUGCACCUGCUUCUACUGGUUCAUCUUUUUCAAGCGCCAGGAGGUGGCGUACAGUCUGCUGCCCACACCGGACCAGGAGCUGAUCGUCAGAAACCUCGUCAUCUCGGCAUUCGUGCUCAAGACGGUGGACGUGGCCUGGCUGCUCUGGAGGCAGGUCAACAUUGGCCUCUUUCUGCUGGACUGGGAGCGGCCCAAGGCGCGCUCCACCAUGCCGCACCCGCACCUGCCGCCCGGCGCCGACGGCACCGACACGGUCAGCAUAUGGAGGACGUACUUCAUCGCGAACGAGUGGAACGAGCUGCAGACGGAGCGGAAGGUCAACCAGACGUGGCAGCUGAUGAUCGUCCUUUUCGCACUGGAGAUCGUGGGGUUCGCGCAGCUGGGCUCGGCCGACCCGGACGCCCGCAUGGACUACGGCGAGGGCGAGCUGCGGCCGCCCGACUCGUUCAUCUGCCGGUUCUGCGUGCUCGUGCUCGUCUACGUCACGGUGGCCGUGCUCCAGUGGAUAUUCACCAGCGGCCUCUACGAGCGUUUCGUGGAGGACAAGAUGCAGCAAUUCGUCGACCUGUGCUCCAUCUCCAACAUCAGCGUUUUUAUUCUGUACGAGAAGAACUACGGCUUCUACAUACACGGCAGGUCUGUGCACGGCCACGCGGACGCCGACCUGCACGGGCUGCACGAGCAGCUGCGCCGCGAGGAGGAGGAUCUGUGCUCGCGGCGCGGCCUGCUGCCCGGCGCCGACCAGCAGACGUUUCAGAUCCUGCUUCCCAACACAUUCCGGCUCCACUACGACAACCUGAUGGCGCCCAUGCAGCAGACGGCCGGCUCCGGCGGACAGCGCGCCGCCGGCGGGGACGCCACCGCCGGCGCACCGCGCGAGCUGCAUCCCAGCGUGCAGGCCUACAACACCAUCAACAAGUUUCUGGCCGCCUUCAUAGAGCAUGCUAUCAAGGAGCUGGACUACACGGUGAAGGAUAAGAAGUUUAUCGAGGCCAUGAUUGACAUAGAGUUUGCCGACUCGGACGAGAAAGGCGUCUUCUACAACGAUGGCGGCCAGUCCUUCCAGAGGGCGCUGCUCUACGGCAACGCCUGCGCCCUCACCGUGUUCGACAUCCUGCUCUUCUGCUUCGUCGACAUCCUGUCGUCCAACGUGCUACUGGCCACAAUUGUGGUGUUCUGCACGGGCAAGCUGGUCGACUCUGGGCGCUACUUCUUCGGACGCCGAAACCUGGCCAAGAAGACGCUGGUUGAUGAACGUUUCCUCGUAUGAGGGUAGUGGACGGCGUAGUGAUCGCUUCAGGCGCAGUGCAGUAGCCGGGCCGUAGCUGGUGACCCGGUAGCGUGGCUUACUAGAGUGCUUGCUUACUUAGCUCGAGCUAGGAGGCGCGCUUCGUGGUACAGCCAUUGUUCACCACCUGGAUAGCAUGGGGGUCGGUUCGUCGCGUAGAACGAAACUCCUCCACAAGUGCCAACGCUCACGAACCACGCUGCCAACUACUAAGAGCUUGGUAGUGUGUGCUUGCGUGUCCACUCCUAUAGUAGCGCGUCGCAGGAUGUAUGCUCUCUCUGGCGCUUUGUCAGGGGUGGUUGUAGUCUCAACAGUUACGAGCUCAUAUGCGACAAACUUAAGUGAAGGCGUCGCUCACAUUGAUGUCAGCACACACGCAGUCAGGACGGCCGACUGCUGCCUGCGUACACACGCCGUGAAGGACAGCCGGCUGUUGCCUGCGUAUACGCGCAGUCAGGACAGCCGACUGUUGCCUGCGUACACACGAAGUCAGGACAGCCAACUGUUGCCUGCAUACACACGCAGUCAGGACAGCCGACUGCUGCCUGCGUGAUCUCACUUGACUCAGUUCCUGAUGGGAAUAAUUCACGAGCGUGACCUCCGCGGUGAUGCGCCUCGGGUGUCCCGACGAAAAUCCUGCAAUGGGUCCAGUAGGUGUGCAGACACCGUACAAAACCUUCGACACAAGGAGCGAAACACGAGUGGAUGUAACCGAAGACAGCGCGCAGAAAAUGUGCACUCCGCGAUCUGGGCGGGGGCAUGCUAUUGGGGGCAUAUGUAGCAGAGCUUUCUCUGCGAUCAUUCACGCCGCAAAGCGCACCGAUCUCCCGAAUGUGUUCCAGUAAAUCUAGUCGAAUUUGGGCCAGUGCUGACUGAAGCAGUGGGCUUGCGCAGUGUAUGCACUUCGUCACACUGUCCUUUGCACAGGGCUUAUUCGGCACCAAACCCCGCGCACGGCGUGAGGGUGAGUCAGCCAUGUAAAUACCGUACCUGCUUGUUCUAGUCAUGUGUGGUUAGAUGUGCUAGAGCGCGUGUUUGUAGCGAAUGAAACCAGUCGUUUCUGUUGUGCUGUUCCUUUUAUCACGCGCUGUUGUACGGGAUUUGAGGUUGAAAAACUUCACGUAGUCAUUGAGAGUGGUGCGAGUUAUGAUUGUCGGUUUUGGCCUGUGCGUGACCGCGCCAGUGGUGCGUCGCGCGGACGCACGGGCGCGUGGUGCCAGAGCGUCGUGCUCCAGAGCUCAUGC